AUUAUUUACAUUUAAUUAUAUUGCAUUCUAUUAUUUUUAGUAGUGAAUAUUUUGAUUCAAUUUUAUGAAAUUAAAGAGGUAUUCCCUAUUUUGUAGAAUUUCGUAUUUGAUAAAAAAGCAACAUUUGGACGUUAAUACUUCAGUAAAUUCAUAUGAAUAAUGAUAAGAUUUUUGCUGUCUAUUUUUCAAAAUAUAUUUGAGAAGAUGCUGCAACUUUUGGUAUCGAAGAAACAUGUUAUCCAUAACUUAUUAAGCAUUUAUAUCAAGACUACAAGUGGUAAUACUUUGUGCAUCGAUAUAGAUCCGAAAUGUGACAUUUCCCAUAUUAAGAAAAUUGUUGCUCCGCAAAUCGGACUACAGCCUGACGAAGUAAAAGUCAUUUUUGCCGGAAAAGAAUUGGGAGAUGAUAUUAUUAUAGAAGAAUGUGAUUUAGGACAGCAAAGUAUACUUCACAUAGUUAAAAUAAAAGCCAGUACCAAAAAUACACAAGGUAUAGCGUUAGAUCCAAAAACAAGUACUCCAAGAGGUUCAAAAUCCAAUUUAUUACCUCUUUGUGAAACCCUGGAUGAUAGCAUGUUUUCCACAAGUUCUAACAGUAGAAACAAUUCAGUUUCACUAGACACACAAGAAAGUUCUAUAGAAGCUUCUAAAGAGUUAGAAGAUUUUGAAAUCGUUAAUCUUGAAAAGCCAAAAGUUAAAAGAAUACAUUUCUUUGUUUACUGCGCUACAUGUAAGGAACUUAAACAAGGGAAGCUUAGAGUAAGGUGUAAUUUUUGCAAGAGUGGAGCUUUUACCGUACAUUCAGACCCUCAAAGUUGGGCGCACGUGUUACAGGCCAAGCAAAUAACUGGCACGUGUGAAAAUGAACCAGAGUUUUGUGAAGAACUUUUGCAAAACAAAGAACCGACGUUUGCAGAGUUUUAUUUUAAAUGCUCCGAACAUCCGUCGUUGGGAGAGACAGAUCAAGCAGUUCCUCUUGAUUUAAUUAGGCCAAAUUUGAAGCAAAUUAGUUGUAUCGCGUGUUUGGAAAUACCUGAAACUAUAUUUACUUUUCCUUGUCAGAAUGACCAUGUUACGUGUUUAGACUGCUUUAGACAGUACUGUAUGUCUAGGUUGACUGAAAGGCAGUUUUGGCAGCAUCCAGAGUUUGGAUAUACUCUUGCCUGCCCAAGUGGGUGCGCCGAUUCAUUUAUUAAAGAAAUUCAUCACUUUAGGCUGUUAGAUAAUGAUAACUAUGACAGAUAUCAACGAUUUGCUACGGAAGAAUACGUUCUUCAGUCUGGCGGUCUUUUAUGCCCUCAGCCUGGUUGCGGAAUGGGAAUUUUAGCUGACGCAGACUGUACAAGAAUAACGUGCCAGCACUGCAAAUUCGUAUUUUGCCGAAACUGUCUUCAAGGAUAUCACAUUGGAGAAUGCGAACCACCCGAAUUGCAAGGUGACUCGACAAGUGGAGUCUGUGAUGAAGUUUCCUGUGAACCAAAGAAUAAUGGGGAAGAGGCCUCAAGAACUACUAUAAAGGUUAUAACAAAACCUUGUCCGCGAUGUCGUACCCCAACUGAACGGGACGGAGGAUGCAUGCAUAUGGUUUGUACCAGAUCAGGUUGCCAGUUCCACUGGUGUUGGGUUUGUCAGACCGAGUGGACCAGAGAGUGUAUGGGCGACCACUGGUUUGGAUAAGAAUUUAAAAAAAUAUUUUGUUAGUGCCUUAUUUAUUCAGAUAUUUUUUUUAAAUGCAAUGAACAUGUGACUAAAAUAAAAACUGUAUAUAAGUAUGUAUAUUAUGAACAGGUUUUUCUACAAAUUACUAUUGAAAAUAGCUUUAUUAUACUACUUUAUUAUGUAUAUUAAAAUUAAUUGGUUAAUUAAAAGAA